CCCAGUAGUUGCCGUUUCUGCAUUGUUGGCCAACUUGCCGUUUCUACUCUCUUUCUCCCUCCCCAACGCGCGAUCCCCCGCCCCCCCAAAACAUGUGACAGUGGUACAAAAAUUACAAACUACCUCUCCUACCGCAGUUCUCUUGUUUCUUUAUUGCUCAAUCUAAUUUUGUUUGGGUCAGUUCUGAGUUGUACUUGGCAGAGACUUUCCCAGUGAAGCAAAUCUAAGUCCUCUCUCUCUCUCUCUCUCUCAUAUAUUCUUGAAACAUUCGGAUGAUGGGUGCUUGGGUUCACCUUCUGUCGUUGAGGUAGAAGACCCCCUCUUGUGUUACUCUUGCACUCUCUACAUUUUGUUAUCUAGCAGUGAAAUAUCAACGUUUUGCUUAGUAACAUCGUAGAGAAAUCAGAAAGAGAGUUUCUUAGUGCUUGAUUUUGUUAUCAUGAGGGAUUUUCCUUCCUGUUUCGGUGAAAAUGGCGUCCAAGUCGCUGAUUCAUCCUCUUCAAGUGCAGCCAAAGCGGCUCAAAAUGUGGUUACCUGUGUCUAUCGGUGUAAAUUGCGGGGUCGUUGCUUGAUCACUAUUACAUGGACCAAGACUUUGAUGGGUCAAGGCCUUAGCGUUGGGAUUGAUGAUUUGGCCAAUCAAUGCCUUCGUAAGGUUGACAUAAAGCCCUGGUUGUUCUCUAAGCGAAAAGGGUCUAAGAAUUUAGAGGUGGAUUCUUGUACAAUCCAGAUUUACUGGGACUUGGCUAAUGCUAAAUUUGGUUCUGGGCCUGAACCAUUGGAGGGAUUCUAUUUAGCUCUUGUGUUUAACCAAGAAAUGGUUCUACUUCUUGGGGAUUUGAAAAAAGAGGCAUAUAAGAAGAUUGAGGCUGACCCUGUACUUCACUCCAAUGCCAUUUUUAUUGCUAAGAGAGAGCACCUUUUCGGGAAGAGAUUUUAUGGUUCAAAGGCUCAGUUUUGCGAUAAGGGACAGAUGCACGAUGUCACAAUUGAGUGUGACACUGUUGGGCUAAAUGACCCAUGUCUUGUGAUUCGGAUUGAUAGUAAAAUGGUGAUGCAGGUAAAGAGGCUGAAGUGGAAGUUCAGGGGCAAUCACACCAUUGUGGUGGAUGGCCUUCCAGUUGAAGUGUUUUGGGAUGUCCACAAUUGGCUCUUUGGUAAUGCUAUGGGCAAUGCUGUUUUCAUGUUCCAAACUUGCCUCUCUGCUGACAACUUGUGGGGUGCCAGUCACUGCACUUUUGACCCUUCUGUAUUAACUUGGUCAUGCCCUCAGCAAAUUAGCGAUUCCAAUUCACAAGGUCUUGUUUUCUCACUUGUUCUGUAUGCUUGGAAGCAUGAAUAGAAAGUGUUAUUUUCAUCUUUUUUGAGUUUCAACAAAUACCUGUAGUUGUGGUUUUGAUAAUAGAAUGUGAUUGAAAUACA